AUGAUGAAUAUCUCAGCAGUUACUGAAUUUGUCCUUUUGGGCUUUCCAUUGCUUUACAACAUACGCAUCCUUUGUUUCUCAUUGGUUCUGGUGAUGUACAGCCUAAGUAUGCUGGGAAAUGGAUUCAUCCUCGCUAUAGUUAUGAUUGACCAGAAACUCCAAACACCCAUGUAUGGCUUCUUGUGCAACUUGGCCUUUCUAGAGAUCUGUUACACCAGCAUCGUAAUCCCUAAAUUAUUGGAGACAUUCAUCAAUACAAGGACCACCAUUUGUUACCGUUGCUGCAUGGCUCAGAUAUUUUUCAUCUUCUCCUUUGGUGCCAUUGAACUCCUUCUCCUGACAAUAAUGGCCUUUGACCGCUACAUUGCCAUUUGUAAACCACUUCGCUAUGCAGUCAUCAUGACCAAAAAUGUCUGCAUCCAGUUGGCUAUGGGGUGCUGGCUGGGAGGAUUUGUACAUAUUUUCUUCCAAGCUGUCUUGGUAUGGACUCUGCCCUUCUGUGAAAAAACUGUUCUAGACCAUUAUUUCUGUGACAUUGGGCCAGUGUUAAGUUUGUCCUGUGCUGACACUCGUUUGCUUGAAUUCCUGGGGUUGCUGUCGGCCAUCUCCAUUGUGAUCAUCACUCUUUUCCUCAUUGUGGUGUCCUAUGUGUACAUCAUCUCUACCAUAUUACGUAUCCCGUCAGCGAGUGGGCAGAAGAAAGCAUUUUCCACUUGCACUUCUCAUUUGACGGUGGUUUCCAUUUUGUAUGGAGCCAUUGCUUUUAUGUAUAUUCGGCCCAAUGUCCACUCUUCCUUUCACUUCAGCAAGGCAGUAGCAUUCUUGAACACGGUCCUUGCCCCCAUGCUGAACCCUUUCAUUUAUACAAUAAGGAAUGUAGAAGUAAAGCAAGCCUUCUGGAGAGCUGUCCAUAAAACAGGAGGUCCCCUCAAAAAGAAAAUAUUCUUAGGAAGGAAGGCUAGUAAGUAG